AUGAAUUCGAUUUUCUCCCGUAGAGUCGUCGUCGAGUCAUCUUCGCGUCUCACCAAAUUGCUCGCGAACCCAACAACUCAUUCUCACUCGAUUCAUCAUCAUCACCGUCAGUCCUUUACUUCGCUCUUUAGACCAAACCAGAGCCGCCAUUUUCGGACCCAUUAUCUUCCUUCGACCCCGUCUUCUCCUCCCGUGAGUCGCUUCGACCCUUCUCUGUUAUGGCGAUCGGAGAAAAUUCGUGGCUUUUUCGCGAGCGCUUUAGGGAACAAAUCCGCGAAAUUGGGGAAUCUUGUGGAAUCCAGAGUUGGGUUCUUCGGUUCUCGGUUUCCCAAAAAAGGUUUCCAAAUCGAGGGUUUCUCUGGGUUUCAAAGGCGUGGCUGGAAGCAUUGGCUUCAAGGAUUAUCAGCUAAUGACGUUGUUCUUGGUUUAGUUAUAGCUAACACUGCUGUGUUUCUGAUGUGGCGGGUCUUCGACAAACAGUUCAUGAUGAAUAAUUUCAUGAUAUCGUUGGACAAUUUCACGAGUGGACGUAUACACACUCUGAUAACUUCGGCAUUCAGUCAUAUUGAUGUUGGACAUAUCAUUUCUAACAUGAUUGGACUCUACUUCUUUGGAACCAGUAUCGCAAGAAACUUCGGCCCUCAGUUCCUUUUGAAGCUGUACCUUGCUGGAGCGCUUGGUGGCUCUGUUUUCUACUUGAUUCAUCAUGCUUACAUGGCUGCGACGUCGCCCAAGGGUCAAGGAGCUUUCACGAGGGAUCCAUCAAGAACCCCGGGACUGGGUGCGAGUGGAGCGGUGAAUGCCAUCAUACUGCUCGAUAUCUUCCUGCACCCAACAGCUACUCUAUACCUUGAGUUUAUCAUUCCAGUUCCCGCAAUGUUGCUUGGAAUCUUCCUCAUUGGAAAAGACAUAUUAAGGAUAACAGAGGGGAACAGUAACAUCUCAGGUGCGGCUCACUUGGGAGGAGCUGCAGUCGCAGCCAUUGCUUGGGCUCGGAUUAGAAGAGGUCGCUUCCGUUACUGA